UUCAACCACUCUUAGAACGAAUACAAUGGAAAUGGACUUAAAGCUUGAGGUGAUGGGGAGAGAAGUGGUCAAACCUGCUACACCCUCACCUCAUGAUCACCUUCAACUCUCUCUUGUUGAUUUCUCUUGCCCUGCAGUUUACGUGUCAAUCAUGUUCCUCUACAAAUCUGAAGAACUAGUCACUGCAUCGCCGGAGAUCAUCUCAAAUAAACUGAAAUGCUCUCUGUCCGAGACUCUCUCUCGCUUCUAUCCACUCGCUGGAGAGAUAGAAGGCGUCUCCAUCAACUGCAAUGACAAAGGAGCCGUCUUCACUCAAGCACGCACCCAUCUCCUUCUCCCCGAGGUCUUGAAAAACCGCAACGUUAACUCUCUAGAGGAACUCUACCCAAAGAUCGAGGCGGGAGAUUCUCCAACGAAAUGGCCAUUGUUGAGUGCCCAUAUCACUUUCUUCGGGUCUGGAUCAGGAGUGGCUGUCUCGGUCUGUAUCUCUCACAGGAUAUGUGAUGCGUCUUCAUUGCAUAUGUUGUUAACAGACUGGGCAGCCACGACGGCAAACAAGAAGUCAAAUGUGAGCACUCAUCAGUUUGCUGAAGCCACCAUUUAUCCUCCUGCUCCUCCUCACAUGGCUCUAUUACACCCCCCAACAAUGGACUUAAAGAAGUGUAUAAUGAACCGUUUCGUCUUUGAGUCCUCUAAGAUCGCUGAGCUCAAACGCAAGGCCGCCAGCCAAAGCGUCCCGAUGCCUACACGUGUGGAAGCUAUCACGUCAGUUAUAUGGAAAUGUGCUACAAAUGCCUCACGGUCUAACUUGGUUGCUCCAAGGUCAACGCUCAUGUAUCAAGCCAUGGACUUGCGGAUUAGGCUUCCUUCUAAUGUUUUGUCACAUGACACGAUUGGUAACUUACAAACAGCAUUCUUUCUCAAGAAAGGCGCAGAGAGCAAACUGGAGAUCAGUGAAACCGUGGCCUCGUUCAGGACCGCCAAAGAAGGACUCAACAAGAUGUUAAAAGAUAAUGUCCAAGGCAAUACAGUUGGUAAGGGUUUGCUGAGCGUGAUGGGAAGUUGUAUGUCGGAGUUCAAACCUGACAUAGACAUAUACACAAUGUCUAGCUGGUGCGGAAAGCCUUUUUACGAAGUUGAUUUUGGAUGGGGUAGUCCGUUCUGGAUGGGAUCCCCUUCACGUACCAUAUAUGACAACAUGGUGUAUAUUGCACUGAUGGACUCAAAGGAUGGGGGAGGUGUGGAAGCAUGGAUAAGCUUACCUGCAGAAGACAUGUCUGUGUUUGUCCAUGACCAAGAGUUGCUUGCUUAUGCAGUCCUAAAUCCCCCCGUACAUAUCUAAGCAAAUGGCAAUAUCAAUAUCCAAGAUUGCACAAUUAUUGGUUUAAUUUUUUUCCUACUUGCUUUUGUAUUUCGCUUGAAUAAAUUGACAAUCAUU